AUUUUGACAACUUCUAGCUUCUCUAUUCUCUUGUGAGUUGUCAAAUUUUCGUUCAUUAUCUGCGACUAGUAGCGGAGGAAAAAAAGAUUUAGAACGAAAACUGUGUGUGAUUGUGAAUAAUCUGUGUCAGCAAGGACAGAAAGUUGAACGGAUUUGCGAAUAAAUCGAUUCAGAUUUCCGCCAGCUGCGGGGAUUUUAGUCACAAAUCUAGAAUCUAGAAUACACGGCGGUUGUGUUGUCUGCGGCUACUAAAAUACCGACAAACAGCAGGAUGUGGUCUUUCUUCUCACGAGACUCGAGCAAAGAUUUUGCGUAUGAAAUCGGAGAACCUGUGGAACAGUUCGGUGCGAAGAGUAUCUGGUCGCUGCAUCGGGGCAAACGAAAAGGUGCCACCGGCGAGGAAGUGUCCGUGUUUGUGUACGACAUUAAGAACGGAUCUGAUGUAAAGUUGGAACUUGCAAAGGCUGCGGUGAAGAGGCUGAAAACACUGCGCCAUCCUAGCAUUCUGCAGUUUCUGGACAGCCUUGAGACGGACAAGGUUCUGUACGUGGCGACCGAGCUAGUCGAACCGCUGGGAACACACUUUGAGAAGCUGGCUCGAGAAGGACCCCAGCGGGAGCUCUAUCUGGCCUGGGGAGUUUUUCAAAUUACGCGCGCACUUUCAUUUCUCAACAACGAUGGGAGCCUGCGCCACAACAACGUGUCGGCGUGGUCCGUUUUCGUGAACACCAGCGGCGAGUGGAAGCUCGGCGGGCUAGAGUAUGUUUCUUCAACCGAUCUGUCGGCGGCGCCACCAAUCAAAAUACCACCCGCGUUGGAAAUCUACGAUCCGCCAGAGAAAAACGACGUCGGCAAGCUGAAGGGCGCGACCAAAUGUUCGACGGACAUGUGGGGACUCGGUUGUCUGGUGUGGGAAUCCUUCAAUGGGCCCCUGCGCUCCCGUGCCAAUCUCAAAGAUCUGUCCAGCAUUCCGAAACCGUUGGUUCCUCUGUACUGCGAACUGGUAGGGGCCUCACCCGCCAGCAGACCCAAUCCGGCGGAUGUGAUAACCAAGUGUCGCAAACCGGGUGGGUUCUUCAAGAACGAUCUAGUCGACACGCUACUGUUUCUGGAGGAGAUCCAAAUCAAGGAGAAAACGGAGAAGAAUCGAUUUUUCAGCGCACUCACGCCGCAGUUGGACAAUUUUCCCGAUAGCGUUUGCAAAAAUAAAAUUCUUCCACAACUAAUAACGGCCUACGAAUAUGGUGAUGCAGGGUCAGCGGUACUUGCACCUAUGUUCAAACUUGGACAACUUCUCGAUGAAGUGGACUACCAGAAACGAAUAGUGCCAUGUGUGGUGAAGCUGUUUGCUUCAACGGACCGAGUUACCCGGUCUCGAUUGUUGCAACAACUGGAAUUGUUCAUCAAUCACCUCCAAACGGGAGUUGUCAACGAUCAGAUCUUUCCUCAGAUUGCUCACGGGUUUCUAGAUACGAAUCCAACGAUUAGAGAACAAACUGUUAAGUCAAUCAUACAUCUGGCGCCAAAAUUGAACUACAACAAUCUAAACGUGGAAGCCCUCCGACACUUUGCGAGGCUACAGUCCCGUGAUGAGCAGGGUGGUAUCCGCACGAAUACAACGGUUUGCUUGGGGAAAAUCGCGCCGCAUUUACAUCCACAGGUACGACAACGUGUCCUCGUGUCAGCAUUUAUACGGGCAAUGCGGGACCCUUUUCCGCCGGCUCGGGUAGCCGGAGUUCUAGCACUGGCCGCCACUCAGCAGUAUUUCCUUCUGAACGAGAUAGCCGUCCGCAUUCUGCCCGCGCUCUGUCUGCUGACGACGGAUCCGGAAAAAACGGUACGGGAACCGACCUUCAAAACAAUACGUGGUUUUCUCGGCAAAUUGGAAAAAGUUAGCGACGAUCCCAGCCUGCGGGAGAGCAUGGAGGCUGAUGUUCACACUGCGACACCGUCACUUGGCAAUGCAGCGGCCACCUGGGCCGGCUGGGCGGUUACGGCGGUGACGGCCAAAUUCUAUCGAAGCCAAAGCGACACGGCGAGGCCGCGACCACCACUAACCGGUAAAAAUUUGAGUAAACCUGCUUCGCUGGAACAACCCUCCAGCAGCAGCAUUUCAACGACGACUAGCAGCGUUACGUCGAUGACCUCGCUCGAGCACGAGAGCGGUGAAACGUCUGUUUCGGCCAGCGACUAUGGUCCGGACAAUUGGGACCAGGAGAAUUGGGGCGAUAUGGACACAUCACAGGAUCCCAGCAGUCCGAUGGCAGGAACCUCGAAUACUCUGAACAUGCUACCUAGUGCGCAUGACCCUCGAGAUGGAUGGGACAAUGAUGACUGGGGAAGUUUGGAGGAGGAACCGAAUGAAGCUAUCGACGAGAAAGAAGAGGAUGAGUUAAAUCGAAGCCAACAGCAGCAGCAACAGCAAAAUAAACACCAAAAUUCCUCGGCCUCGGCGACCCCGUCUUCGACGGCAAAUUCGAGCAACGCUGCCUCCAUAUCCGCUGCUUCCCCUGCACCGCCCGCCAGCAACAACAAUGCCAACAAUAACCUGCCGAAUCAUCACAGCACCAGCAGUCCGAGUAAAAUGCUCGCACUGAAGAACAUGACGAACAUAAUCAACAGCAGCAGCAACUCCAACUCGAACUGGAACAAUGCUGGCGACGGAUGGACCGAUGGAGACUUCGAACCCAUUGAUGAGCCCAGUACAGGAAACUCCAAACUUGACGAAGCCCGCCGAAAGCGGGAGGAAAAGAAAAUGCAACGUCAGCGGGAAUUGGAAGCGAGGCGGGCGGCUCGGAGUAGCGGGGCUGCCGCCGGGGGCCCAAGCAGUGGCCCGAUGAAGUUGGGGACGAAAAAGGUUCAGCUCGAUUGAGUAAACGAAACCGGCGGCGACGGAGACGGAGAGCAGGUGAACGACGAGUAGGGGUAAACGAGGAACAUAUGCGCGACAGGAGAACACGGAACACGAGCACGAGUCGUGUGGGUACGAUUUGUAGAUUUUUGCUAAAGUUUUGAUUGAUGUGUAUAUAUAUCAGUAUUGAUCGAUAUUUUUGGCUGGCUGAAAAGAAUCAACAAACAAUCGUGGAUAUUGUCGUCGGGGAGGGAAGUGAAAAAAAUAAGUGUGCAAUGCCGGAUAAACCGCCUUUUUUGAAAGUUAUUUGGUGAACUGGACCUGGAAUCCACAUUCCGUAUAGCGUUUUUGGCAGAAAGAUUCAGAUGCAGAAAGCAAACAGGGUUCUGAGAAGAGUAAGAUUUUUCGCCCCUCAUCGAGGGGCAAUUUCGUCAUCUUUAUUAGCUUUAAAUAGAGAAUAUACGAAUUUAGACACUUUUUUCUUAACAAAUAUCUGUGUAGCACAGCAGCAGAAGUUGGAGCCACGGAGCAAAAUUUUUUCUGUGCUGAACCCUCGUAGGUGGGACUGAGGGAAACGUACCAUCAAAGCGGGCAUAGCGGGGAUAAAAAAAAUCGCUAGUAGAUCGAUGUUUAAAUCAAACCAGAAGAAAAGAACAAUUGAAUUAUAUAGAUAGGCGUGAAUCUUAAUUACCAAUAGAUAGUGAGAAAAUUAUUGAAACUAAUUGCACCUUAAUGAAAUUUAAAAGUCACACACACAUAUGCAAGUUUGUUGUAUAAGGGAAAAAUGUAACAACACGUGUGGAAAAUGCGCAUUUUCUGUCGGAAUGUUUAUGUCAUACAAGGGAUAAGGUAACUGUUCUCAAGAAUUUGUCAGAGCUGUGGUUGUUGCCCGCAAGCGAAAAGACGUGUUGUCUCUUAUAAUCAAAUGAAGCAAAUUUAUCUCUGCUAACCAUAGUAACAAUUCGUGACCGGAAAAAUCGAAAUGAAAAUAAUAGCAACAGGAAAAACCGCAUUUUUUAUUAUAUUUUUUUUCAUUUUCGUUUUUUGAAAUUAAUUUUGAAGUCAAUGCUAUGGAGCCGUACUCCACAUUCGACGAGAAUAAGGAAUCGAAGUGGCCUUAAGCCACCGAGAUAACGCGAUCCGAGUCGGCCGCCGACCCGCCGUCGGAAGCGGCGGUCUCUCGCACGCAAACCUAUCUUCCACUGAUUGCCCGGUUAGUUUGAAACAUAGGAUACGAUCCUUUAGCUUAGUCUGACCGAGCUUUAGCGAGCGUCGCACGGCAUACGUUUGCCAUGUGCAUUUUGUUUGCCCGGUUAUUUUUUGUUUUGAAAUAUAUCAUUCAUUGAAAUUCAAAACUAUUGCGAAACGAUCUGAAGAAAUUUCUAAAAUUGUAGGUUUAGCUGUUUUUGGAAAUGUUAGGUUAAUCUUACUGUACUACAGUUCAGUUCUGUUUUUGUUUUUUCGGGUCUUUAACUCGAUGGUCAUUCGUCCCUGUUAGAUUUACUAUAUCUUCAAACAGGCCGAUUCUUUUUAAUAGUAUGUGGGGAAUGGUUAGGGCUACACCGCAUGUGAUGCAGUUGGGGGAUCUUUAACUUGGUUCAGAAGGGAAAGAUCUAUUUUAGGAGGGAAUUGGUUUCAAGUUUUGUUUUCAAAGAGGUUAGGAAAAUUCGCACAUACCAAAACCAAGUCCUCUACUCGUUGCCUCGUUUUCCCCGGGACCACAUCUAGGCGACUACUUCGGGGGCGGCUUACGACUCGCAUGGCCAUGAGCUGGAAUGUGCUGUUCAGCUUUCUCCGAUUUCGGUGAGUUUCCAGAACCGCCAACCAGGCAGGGUCGCCGUACCUCACUAUCGACGAAGAUGCGCUUGUCAAGAGGUGCCUCUUGUUGCUGCUUGGACCAAACCUAUUUGGCAUGAUCCUCGCUACCGCGUUGAUGGCCUUCGUCGCCUUCCCACAUGCAUAGUCGACGUGCAGGUUGAAAUUUGAUCGGUCGUCGAUCAUAACUUCGAGGUAUUUCACUGUCCGCCUCGAAAUGAUGGUAUGUCCUCCGACCGAGACUUCUGCCCGCAACAUUGCUUUGCGAUUGCUCACUAACAGCUCCUCGAUUUUGUGAUGUACCACCUGGAGCUUUACACUGUCUAUACAGCUACCAAUCAUGUCUACUGCCUCAAUCGUCAACAUUUCCACAGAACGUCUCGCCUAUCACCGUUGUUACAAUGUCGUCCGCAAAGUCUACGAUCUGCCCGCCUUUAGGUAGCUUCAGCGUUAGAACACCGUCGUACAUUAUGUUCCAAAGCGUUGGACCUAGAAUGGAACCUUGUGGAACUCCCGCCGAGAUGUUCUUCAGUAUCUGUCCCCUGUCUGUGCUGUAUACCAGGAUCCGAUUUUAGAAAUAACUCCUCAGUAUCCGGUACGGGUAGCCAAGAAUCUUCAAUCUGUGUAGCGCCUCGGCGAUGGCAACUCAGCUGGCACUAUUGAAGGCGUUCCUCACGUCGAUUAAAACCACCGCGCAGUAACGAUCAUCUUACCGAACAACAUUCUCGACAAUCCGUGUUCACUUUCCGUGCAUUUCACCAAUCUGUUGAGAUUAAUUCUUUCCAAGAGCUUUCUUAAAGUAUCCAGCAAGCAAAUAGGUCCAUACGAUGCUGAAUCUCCAGGUGGUUUUCCUGGCUUCGGAAGCAGCACCAGCUUUUGGAUUUUGCAAUUCUAAAGAAAGUGACCGUCGUCCAGGCAUUUCUGGAGUAUCAUCCUGAACAUGUCGGGGAAAGCAAGGAUCGCCGAUUUCAAGCUUUGGGGAUUCGAUUUCUCGAUUCAAGGCAGCUCUGGUCGCUCGGAACAACAUGCGGUGCUCCUCUCUUUCUACGUCUGAUCGUACCCUCUGGACUCUUCUUCUGGCUCGUAGAUAGUUAGCGCAGAGGAUGCUGAGUGUCUCGUUCCACCAGUAGGCUGGACGCCAUUUAUUCGUCGGGUUCAGUCUUCUCGGGAUCUCGUGUCUCAUGCCUCACCAAUGUUCCUGUCAGCUCGUCGGCGCUCAUACUAGGAGUUCUGCUGUCUAUGCGUAGUGCUCCUUAUCAAAAAAAAAACCUUUGUCCUCCACUUCCGCCCACUGGUUCUUGUUCUUCGUACCACCGCAGGAUUCCGUUGGUCGACGCUAUGCAGAAUUGCCUGGUGGUCAUUACGUGUGUAUCCCUCUGACACUCUCCACUUCGUGUUUGCCACCAGUGAUGGACUGCAGAAAGUUACAUCGAUGAUGAAUUCGCGGCCAUCUUUUGAAAGGUGCUGCUGGUGCCUACGUUCAGAAGUGUCACGUCUAGUUUUGCGAAGGCUUCUAGUAGACUGUACCCUCUGGCGUUGUUACAUAUGCUUCCCCAUUCCUCAGCCCCAGCGUUGAAGUCUCCUCCGAUGAAGACUGGUUUUCGGCCGAUGACUCUACCUGUGAAUACGUCCAGCAUCUGGUGAAUCUACUCCGCUGACCAUCUCAGGGGAAUAUAGCAACUACAUUCGAGAGUCGAAUUGAGGCCGUUUGUGUCCAAACGAACGCCUUUCUCAACCGGUGUGACAUCGGCACACCAAUGUCACAUUGCGAUUGUAACGCACUUUGCAGUUCUUCCACCGUCAUGAUCUCAUCCAGAUACCGGCAUUCGAUCAUCGACUUAGGCGAGGAGGCUCUCACUUUCGCAUCCUCACCUAAUGACUUCUCUACCAGUUGUUCGAAUGCAGAGCUCUUAACCGCUGGGCCUCUCUUAAACUCAAAGAGCAUCUCGCCUUCCUGGAUGCGCCUAGUCUUCACUACAUUCUCGUCCAAUGCCUGCAGCUCCGGAUCGGCUCUCACUUUCCGUAAGAUCACUGUAUACGUCACCCCUUUUGUCACUUCAACGAACAAAAUAAGAGCAAUAAUUGAUCCUUAAGGAAUACCGUUCUCCUGGAUCUCAAUCCCAGAACGACGGUUGGCGAUUAUGACUCUAUACCUUCUGUCAUUAAGGAAGAUUUGUACGUAACGACCCAUACGACCUUUAAUCCCCCAUUCCUCGAGAGAUAUGAGGAUUGGGAAACGCCAGGCACAGUCGCAUGCUUUUGACAUGUCAAGAGAUACGAUUGUCACUAUGCAUGUAUCUUUCCAGGUAGAUAUCAAGGAGGUCCUCAAGUUCGAUGAGAGAUCCUCUGUACUUUUAUUGGGACGAAAAGCAAACUGACGAUAGUCGAGUAUACCACAAGACUUCAUUAUGGUGAUGAGUCUUCUGUUAACCAUCUUCCUUAUCUUAUCUACAAAGUUCAGUGGAGUGAUUGGACGGUAAACUUUGUUGAAGAGCGACAGUAGGAUGAUAUUACCGACUAGGGGAAGAUUCGUGAGAAGAGGAUAACCGACAUCGCCAGGGCCGGCGGAUGAACCAUGUACUUCAAAAAGAGCCCAUUCAAGCCCCUCAAAAGCAAACCCAUUAUUAUGCUCCGCGUCAAGAUCUGUAUCAAAAGAAGAAGGAAAUGAUUCUGGAACUGUUUUGUGAGAUAAAAAAUCUUUGAAGUAAUUGGAGGAAGAUGAAGCUUGUGAGAAAUGGUCUGCAAGACGUACUGUAAUGGGAGAUGAAUUAUCUGUGAGAGUAUUCUUGUUAGAUAAUUUGACGCGGUGAUGACUUUUAUUGCCAUUCAAACGAUUUAUUUCGUUCCAGAGAUCAUUUGAGGAUCUUGUCAGGGCCGAUGGCGGAGAUGAAUUUCUCCUAGCUGUCCUUGUUAGGCUUGACGAAUUAUACUUCUGGUCGCGUUUCUAGCAGCUUUACAAUCUGUAUGAGUUGUUGAGUUUAUUCGAUCUUUUUGUGUCAAUAUCUGAAGAGUUCGACGUUUUUUGCGAUGCAAUUUUAUAGCUGCCCGCACUUGGGGUUCCCACCAUGGAACUGUUUUUUUACCAGGCGAACCGCAUGUUCGAGGAACGUGAUUCUUACCGAUGUCAAAAAGCGAUUUGACGAAGUCCUCAGAAGUGAAAAAAAUUUCAUUUUGGUAAUCAUGCCAAUUGGCCAGGUCAUAAUUCCAUCUGGGACGGCAAGUGUUGACUGGAGUUGCUCGGUUCAGAGGGAUGGUAAUGGGACAGUGAUCGCUACCGCAGGACCUUCCAGAACAACUGGGAGUAGAAGUUUUGUAAGAAUACGAACAGAUCAGUAGCAGAUGAUUUACCAGAAGAAAAACAAAUUCUAGUAUGAGAACUCUCAGUAUUUUCUGCGGAUUAUCAAUAUUGUUUCUAAUAAAAAUAUAUUAUUCUUUGAUAAAGUUCGGGGGGAUGGGGGUGCUUACAAUUUCGCCACCAAUUUUCUGCAUCGAUUUUCUAACAAUGAAAGGGCUGAGGCUUUUCUCGCCGUUAGCAGCUUGCAACGAAAGAAGCAGCUGUCCAAUUCCGAUGCUACCACAAAAUCAAUUGCGGGUUGAGUAGACACAGAAAUGCCUUGAGAAAGGCAUUCGUUUCGUAGUAAUUUACAUCGAAUGACACUUGCCAUCGCGAUGGCGGUCAAAAAAUGAAGCGAGCAAAAUCAUAACUCAUAUACUCGCGCAUGGUAUCACAGACCGUCUUAGGCGGCGGUGACACUGGAUGCAGAAAAGUGGUCGUACGAAUUGUAUGCAAUAGUAGAAACAAACAACCACAUUGAAUGGUAUUGGUGUGGUCACAUUGCUUCCCCCUUGCUUCGUUCGAAUUCAUCAGCUUCUAUCGAACAAAAUUGGUUGUUUCUCUUCG